GACGAUGUUCUCGCGCCCGAUCUCCUCAUGGGGUCGGCUUCCUUGGUCGGGCCCCGGCCUCCGCCCGGCCACCAUCACAAAUACACGAUGUGUUGACUCUGGGAGGAGAUUCUUCACUCGCAAUUCAUGUCUCCGGCAGAAUAUCAACGCACCUUUCAAUACGCCACAGUCGAAAAAGCGCAAUGCGUCGACAAUGUACUAUACAGCCAGUCUUAUUCUCGGAACCGUUGCGCUUGCCUAUGGCUCCGUCCCUCUGUACAAAAUGAUCUGCCAACAAACCGGCUGGAACGGUCAACCAGUAGCAACUCACCGUGUAGGUGACGGCGAUACCUCUUCCCGCGUCACUCCGGUCACCGACUCCCGUCGUUUGAGAAUCACGUUUAAUGGAUCAGUUUCGGAUGUUUUACCAUGGAAGUUUACACCGCAACAACGUGAAGUGCGAGUUCUUCCGGGCGAGACAGCACUUGCAUUCUUCACAGCGACAAACAAGGGCCCAACGGAUAUCAUUGGUGUAGCGACGUAUAGUGUCACUCCCGGACAGGUUGCUCCCUACUUUAGCAAGAUUCAAUGCUUUUGCUUCGACGAGCAGAAGCUGAAUGCUGGAGAGUCGGUUGACAUGCCGGUGUUCUUCUUCAUCGACCCUGACUUUGCCAAUGAUCCGGCAAUGAAGGGCAUUGACACAAUUACGCUCUCAUAUACCUUCUUCAAGGCGCGAUAUGAUGACAACGGUGUCUUGAAGCCAUUGCCGUCGAGCUAAUGACAUGACUGAUUGUUAUGUACUACAUACCAGGAGUCAAGCGACUGGACUCUCUACGACAAUAGACUCACAGUAAAAUGCUUUUGGAACGUAUAUACCCGGAAUCACCCUGGCCUUGUGACAUCCAACGGAAUGUCCCAGAGACCUGGCUCGCUCCGAUGUGACCCUCCGAGCAAAGUCGGAAGACCCAUCUCUCCUCUUGCAAGGGCCAAUUAUGAAAACCCGAACCUGAUGGUCCCAAGCACCCCACUGACCAUCUUUGUAUCAUAGAUAGAGCAUGUACAUACAGAGAACUACUGAAGCUUUUCGUAUGGAAUGGGCGGGGUGACAUAUCAUG